AAUUGCUGAGCUUGUCUGCUGUUUGACUUCACUCGUGUCUCUAGAACCAGACCUCAGUGAAUCCAGCAGAAAUGAACGUACCUGAGCCACUCACCAACUUGAAAAUUCAAUAUACUAAGAUAUUUAUAAACAAUGAAUGGCAUAAUUCAGUGAGUGGCAAGAAAUUCCCAGUCAUUAACCCUGCUACUGAAGAAAAAAUUUGUGAUGUUGAAGAAGGAGAUAAGGAGGAUGUGGACAAGGCAGUGAAAGCAGCCAGGCAAGCUUUUCAGAUAGGGUCCCCAUGGCGGACAAUGGAUGCUUCAGAGAGAGGACGGCUCCUGAACAAAUUGGCUGAUUUAAUGGAAAGGGACCGUCUGCUCUUGGCAACAAUGGAAUCACUGAAUGGUGGAAAAGUCUAUUCCAGUGCCUACAUGUUAGAUUUAGGUGUAUCUGUGACUACUAUACGCUACUAUGCAAGCUGGACCGAUAAGAUUCAAGGUCGUACGAUCCCAAUUGAUGGAAAGUUUUUCUCAUAUACAAGACAUGAACCUGUUGGUGUUUGUGGCCAAAUCCUCCCUUGGAAUUUCCCUUUGGUUACACUAGUUGUGAAAAUGGCACCUGCCCUUUGCUGUGGAAACACUGUGGUUGUCAAGCCAGCAGAACAGACCCCACUCACUACUCUUUAUCUAGCAUCAUUAAUUAAAGAGGCAGGAUUUCCUCCAGGAGUAGUAAAUAUUGUGCCUGGUUAUGGACCCACGGCUGGAGCAGCCAUUUCUUCUCACAUGGAUGUAGAUAAAGUGUCCUUCACAGGGUCCACAGAGGUUGGCCUGCUAAUCAAACAGGCUGCUGGGAAGACCAACCUGAAGAGAGUUACACUGGAACUGGGAGGAAAGAGUCCUUGCAUUGUAUUUGCUGAUGCUGACUUGGAUAAUGCUGUAGAAUCCGCACACCACGGUGUGUUCUUCCACCAAGGCCAGUGCUGCAUCGCCGCAUCGAGGCUUUUUGUGGAAGAGUCUAUUUACAAUGAGUUUGUUCGGAGGAGUGUAGAGCGUGCCAAGAAAUACACACUGGGGAAUCCUCUGAACCCAGGAGUACAGCAAGGCCCUCAGAUUGAUAAAGAGCAGUACAAUAAAAUAAUUGACCUCAUUGAAAGUGGGAAGAAGGAAGGAGCCAAAUUGGAAUGUGGAGGAGGCCCUUGGGGAGACAAAGGUUACUUCAUCCAGCCCACAGUUUUCUCAGAUGUUACUGAUGACAUGCGCAUCGCCAAAGAAGAGAUUUUUGGACCAGUUCAACAAAUCAUGAAGUUUAAAACUAUCGAUGAAGUGAUCAAAAGGGCCAACAAUACCCACUAUGGCUUAGCAGCAGGUGUUUUCACCAAAGACCUUGAUAAAGCCUUGACCGUUUCCUCCGCCCUUCAAGCAGGAACAGUCUGGGUGAAUUGCUAUGGUGGGGGUUCUUGUCAAGCCCCUUUCGGUGGAUUCAAGAUGUCUGGAAAUGGGCGAGAAAUGGGAGAGUAUGCUCUCCAUGAAUACAUAGAAGUCAAGACUGUCACAGUCAAGAUUUCUGAGAAGAACUCAUAAGAGUGGCACAGGAGAUGGUGCUCCAUAUCAUCAAUGAAUGACCCUAAAAAGUGAAAGAUAUUGUUACAACUGUCAUUUUACCUGAUUAUUUGCAUUAGCUGCAUAAAAAAAGUUAUAGCUAAAACAUGCCAUGUGCCUUCUUACUCUCAUGUAAACAUGGUGAAUCCUGUUCUUCCUGAAAUUUGGGGAGUGUAAUCAACCCAAGAUCUCUCAAUUAUUAGAACAAUCAUGAGUUUUUCUUAGCAGAUAAUUCUUGCAGAAUUUAAGCCAUUAAAAAAAAUUAAGAGGGUCAUUUAUUAUUUUACUUCUUCUUUCUGUUAAUGGUUAAUUUAAACUUAGUGCACAUGUUAUGUUACAAAACAAAUGUACUCUGUUCACUGAUGCUAUUAAGUCAUCUUUACCUUUGGAAACAAUCCUUCUCCGUGAAAAUAAUUACUAUGUUUAAUGAAGUAAUAACCACUCUGCUUAACUGUCAUUUCAAUAUCAGAUUCAUUAAAAUAAUCUUAUAUAAUACUGUGUACAUGUGGACAUUUUAAGAAUAGAUCUUCAUUGUGGAAGUUUCAAUUUCAUAUAAUGUAAGAUGUACUUGGUGUUGAAUUGGUCAUGCAUUUUAUUUUUUAAGUCUAAAGAAUAGAAACCUGAGAUUUUCCUCAUGAAGGAAUUGUGUUGUUUUGUUUUUUGUUUUUAAUUUCACUUAAGUGUUAUGAUUGCCAUAUUGAAGAAUGUGGAGGGGAACUGGAUAAACAUAGAAGAAUAUCAAGGAAGAUGGUGAUACUGCAAGUUAUCAAAUUUAUAUUCUCUAUGGGAACCCAAAAUCAGGGUUACAGAUUUGAAAGGUAAUUUGGAAGUCAUCUACUUCAACCGCCUCAUUUUUCAGAUGGGGAAACAGGGCAGAUAGGUUAAAUAGUUAUGAAGGUCACAAAUGUGACAAAUAGCAAAGCUGGAACUUGAACCCAGGUUCUCUGGCUCCAAAUUCAGCACUCAUUCCCAUUGUACCACCCCUAUGAAUUUGGAAGAAGAGGGAAAGUAAUUGGGAGCUGCUUUAGAUACCAAUCCAUGCAAGCCUUCCAAGUCAACUUGUUGAAUAUGAUGGAAUUAUUGGGAAACUCUGGUCUAAGCAGUAGUAAUAAACAUUUACUUUACUUGUCA